AUGGUGCCAGUGUCCCGGUCGCGCUACCCCGAGGACACCCCAGCCUCUAGGAAACGGCGACGCAGCUCGUCGGGGAGCCUGCCUUUCGUGCAGACCAGACCAUCCCCGUGGGGGCAGCCGUCCCAAUCCCACUCGCACUCCCGCGGCCGCGAGGGCCUCAGGCCUCAGUGGGGUGGGUCGGGCGUCGGCGCUCCUUGUACCUUUAGCCGCUCUGGAUCUCGGGAGCGGCCCACCAGGCUCCGCAACUACGCUUUCUCGUCCUCUUCUGUCUACUAUGGCGGAUACCGCUACCAUCACCACCACUAUGCAGGCGACAGGCAGUGGGCGGAAGACUAUGAGAAGGAGAAGGAGGAGAGUUAUCGUCAGCGGAGGCUGAAAGAGAGAGAAAGGACUGGGGAGUUGGGAGCACCUGAGGUGUGGGGGCUGUCUCCAGAGUUUCCUGAGCCAGAUUCUGGUGAACGCACUCCAGUUGAGGAUGAAGAGGUAAAGACUAAGAAGAACAGCAGUUCACGUUCCCGCUCCGGGAAAAAGGCCAGUCGUUCAAAAAAUAAGAAAAGAAAGAAAAAGUCCAAAGGAAAACAGAGGAAAUAUUCUGAUAAUAGCGACAGUAAUUCAGACUAUGACACUAGCUCUGAUGAUGAUAAAAAGAGAGCAACAAAAACCAAGAAGAAAGAGAAGAAAAAGAAGCACAGAGCUAAAAAGCCCAAGAAAAAGACGAAGAAAACUAAAAAAGAAUCCAGUGUCAAAAGCUGUAAGGAUUUAGAAGGGGAGUUGCCAGAAGAUACCUGGAUUGAGCAGUCAAAGAUUGCAGAUAACAUGGCUCUAAUAGGUCCAGAGGCACCUAUAAUACACACCUCUCAAGAUGAGGAAGCUUUGAACUACGGCCAUGCUCUGCUUCCAGGUGAAGGUGCAGCUAUGGCUGAGUAUGUAAAAGCUGGAAAGCGUAACCCACGAAGAGGUGAAAUUGGGCUGAGAAGUGAAGAGAUUGCUUCUCUUGAAUGCUUAGGUUAUGUUAUGAGUGGUAGCAGGCAUUGCAGAAUGGAGGCUGUGCGACUGCGUAAAGAGAACCAGAUCUAUAGUGCUGAUGAGAACAGAGCCCUUGCAUCCUUUAACCAAGAAGAAAGACGGAAGAGAGAUAAGAUUCUAGCUAGUUUCACAGAGAUGGUGUACCGAAAGACAAAAAGGAAAGAUGACAAAUAA